AUGUCUGACUCGCUUUUCUAUUCAUUAUUGACAACGGAUCCUCUCAAUAACUACCAAGAUUCUGAAAAAUACACCAAGUACUGGUUGCCCAAAGUUGAGCAAUACCGACUUAACUUGGCCAAUUCUACUCCACAAGAAUUAUUAAUUGAAUUACCCCAAUCAGUGGAUAUUUUGACUAAUGAUCAAUUCAAUGCCGUCGAUUAUUUAUAUUCACAAAAGUUGUUAUCUGAAAAAGAAUUUGAAAUAACUGAUACUCCAGGCACUUUACUUGUAAAACAAAUGGAAUCAAGAAAAUAUACUGCAGUUGAAGUAUUCAAAGCAUUUGCUAAACGAGCAAUUAUAGCUCAUCAAUUCACAAAUUGUGCCGUUGAUAUUUUCAUUGAAGAAGGAUUAAAACAAGCUCAAGAACGAGAUGAAUAUUUACAGAAAAAUGGGAAAUUAGUUGGUCCUUUGCAUGGUAUUCCCAUUACCCUUAAAGAAAAUAUUUGUAUAAAAGGUAAAAUUGCUCAUGGUGGAUACGUUGCCAUGAUUGAUAAUAUACCAGAAAAAGAUGCUGUUUCUACAAAAAUAUUAUCUCAAUUAGGAGCUGUUUUCUAUAUGCGUACCAAUGAACCACAAGCACUUUUACAUUUGGAUUCCGGGAACAAUAUAACUGGAUUCACUAAAAAUCCAUACAAUUUAUUAUUAUCAAGUGGAGGAUCUUCCUCUGGUGAAGGUGCUGUUGUUUCAUUUGGUGGUAGUGUUUUGGGGGUUGGUAGUGAUAUUGGUGGAUCAAUUAGAUCACCGGCAGCAUUUUCUGGUUGCCAUGGCUUACGUCCAAGUACAAGAAGAAUUUCUGCUAGAGGAGUAGCUGGUGGGUCAGAUGGACAAGAGUCAGUACCAAGUGUAAUGGGACCACUUUCAAGAAGUAUUGAUGAUUUGGAAUUGUGGAUGAAAAGUUAUAUAAACGUUGGAAAACCUUGGGAUUUCGAUCCUUGGUGUUUACCAAUGCCAUGGCGUGAUGUGGAAGCUCCAAAAAUUAAUGAAUUGACCAUUGCUGUUAUUAGAGACGAUGGAAUAGUUAGAGUAACCCCACCAAUAAGACGAGCAUUGAAUAAUGUUGUUGAGAAAUUGAAAAAUGCAGGUGCCAAAAUUAUUGAAUUAACGACAACAACACCACCGUUAACAAAUUCCAGAUUAGCAUAUGAUUGUGCUACUAAGUUAUCAAAUGCCGAUGGGAAUCAUAUGAUGCGUCAAUUAUUUUCUCAAUCAGGAGAACCAUUAAAGAAAUUAACCAAAUGGUAUUUAAAUCUUGGUGAUGGAGCUAAACAUUAUACUGUGGCUGCGAAUCGAGAAUUGAAUAGAAUAAGAGAUACAUUAAGAGAAGAAUAUAGUGAUUUUAUGGUGGAAAACAAAGUUGAUGUGAUUCUUGGACCUGCUUAUAAUAAUGUUGCUCCACAUAGAGAGAAAGUUUAUAAUGAAUCAUAUACUUUGAUUUAUAAUUUGUUGGAUUUCCCAGCAUUGGUUUUCCAAACCGGAUUAUUUCAAGAUCCUGAAAUUGACCGUUGGAAUGAAUCUGAUUUACAAUAUGAAUAUAGAAGUGGAAUGGAAGAAUUGGAGAAUAGUAGUUAUAAACCAGAUGAAUGUUGUGGUGCCCCAAUAGCUUUACAAAUAGCUGGACGUAGAUAUUUUGAUGAAGAAGUGGUUGCUACUGGUAAAUCAAUUAUUGAAUUUCUAGAAGUUGAUUUAUUCAAGAGGUAA